GAGAGACGAACGAGAGGGAGGAGGACUUGUCACCAUUUUUUGCUCUCUUUGCUCCCCUUCUGACAAGCAGAAGUGAAGCUGAAUGGCAUGUCGAUCUAUCAUCACUUCCUUCGUUUUCUGCCCUAAUUUCUGAUGCUUCGCCAUUGAUUCUCUCUGCUGCAGCUUCUAAGUCGAUCCUCAUGGUCGGUAAGGCCACUCUCUUUCACUACAAACGCGCAGAAGGUAAUUUUUGCGUUACGUGUAGCUUCCAAUAUCACUGAUACAGACUUAUUCGAUGACAAUGUUCUCAUUUCAUUCAAAAAUUGAUUGAUUUCACCAGGUGUUUGAAUUUUUGGCCAAUAAGACUCUGAAAUUCAUAGUAGAUUUUGUAUGCAUGUAUUGUGCGUUGAAGAUUCUUUCUAGAAAGGCCUAGAGUUAUGGAUUUAGCAUGCACUUUUCAGCAGCCGAAGGUGGUUUACAGCCGCGAAGGCAUGGACCAUCGCACUCUGGAUAGUUUCAAUCCGCGGCUACGGUUUGAAAGUAGAGGUUUUGGUGGUCCUGUUUUCAAUUGUCGGAGGUUUGUUUCAAAAACUAGACCAAACAGACAGAUGAAAAAGUUUGUUGUUUCUGGUGCCAGUGUUAAUCCCAGUACACUUGCUAGAAGAGAUCCUGAUAUUUGCUUGUGGGGCUAUAGUUGGCGAAAAUCUUUAAUUUGUAAUUUUGAAAAUGUUUUUAACAUGUCAAAGGGAGCUGUGUUGUUAGGAUGCCAGGGUAAUGAUUCUAUUGCAUAUAUUGAUGGGAGUGAUCGGUGUGUUGAUUUUGUUGGGUGUCCUGAUGAGAACUUGAGAGUUGGGGCUAGCAUUGUUGUUGAGUCAAAUGGUAAGGGACAAGGAGGUGAGGGUGAAGAGCAAGAGGCAGAGGUCCCUAGUUUGGAUGAAUUACGUGAAUUGUUGCAGAAGGCGAUGAAGGAAUUGGAGGUCGCAUGUCUUAACAGUACCAUGUUUGAGGAAAAGGCUCAAAAAAUAUCGGAAACUGCAAUAGCCUUAAAGGAUGAAGCAGAAAAUGCUCAAAAUGAUGUUACUUCUACCCUUGAUGUUAUUCAAGAGAUUGUGAAUGAAGAAUCUAUUGCCAAGGAAGCUGUUCAGAAAGCAACAAUGGCACUUUCAUUGGCUGAGGCCAGGGUUCAGGUGGCCAUAGAGUCAUCGCAGGCUGCGGAAGAAAGGGAUGUUGCUCAAGGAGGCUCUAAAGAGACUGAUUUUGAAAGUGAAAGUGAAGGGGAAGCCGCAGCUUUAUUGAGGGAAGAGGAAGAAGCACUGUUUCUUGCUCAGAAUGAUAUUGGAGAAUGUAGGGCAAAUUUGGAGAGUUGUGAGACAGAGUUGAGGCACUUGCAAAGAAAAAAAGAGGAGUUGCAGUUGGAACUGGUUAGGUUGAAUGGAGUUGCAGAGAAACUGCAGAUGGAUGCUUUAAAAGCAGAGGAGGAUGUGGCGAACAUAAUGCAUCUAGCAGAGCAGGCUGUUGCUUUUGAACUUGAAGCUACACAACGUGUAAAUGAUGUUGAGAUUGCACUACAAAAAGUGGAAAAAUCUCUCUCGAGUUCUCAUGCUGAUGCCCCAGAUACUACACCUGGACACAUGUCAACUGAUGAGGCUUUUGUUGAGGAAGUGAAAGUGGAUCGAGGUAGCAUUGAUGUUCUCAGCGUUGAAGUCAGAGAUGUACCUGUAGAGGGCGCCUCUUUGGUUUCUGAGGCUUUACCAGAGAGACAAUCUGAUACAACUGGCCAGAGUUUUGGAGAACUGAUUGUCUCUGAUGAGUUGAAAGAUAAAGAGAAUGGAAAACUGGGUGUAGAUUCUUCUAAAGAAGCUGAAGUGGAAGUGGAGAAGUCAAAGAAUGUGGUGCAAACGAAAAAGCAGGAAACACAGAAGGAUUUGACUAGGGACAGUUCACCUUUUAAUGCUCCAAAAGCAUUAUCAAAGAAAUCUUCUCGAUUUUUUUCUGCAUCAUUCUUCUCUUUCACUGUUGAUGGGACUGAAUUCACGCCAAUGUCAGUUUUCCAUGGGCUUAUUGGCUCUGCAAGGAAGCAAUUGCCUAAUCUGAUUGUUGGCUUAUUGCUUGUUGGAUCUGGGAUCACCGUGUAUGCUAAUCGAGCUGAUAAGAGUACUCAGCUGCUUCCACAACCAGAUGUUGUUACGACUAUGGAAGAAUUUUCCUCCAGUGCAAUGGAAGAAUUUUCCUCCAGUGCGAAGCCUCUAGUCCGACAAAUACAAAAACUUCCCCAGAGAAUUAAGAAACUAGUUGAGAGGCUCCCUGAUCAAGAGUUGAACGAGGAAGAAGCAUCCCUUUUUGACAUGUUGUGGUUGUUGCUUGCCAGUGUCAUAUUUGUGCCUGUGUUCCAGAAAAUUCCUGGAGGCAGUCCUGUUCUUGGGUACUUGGCUGCUGGCAUAUUGAUUGGGCCUUAUGGUUUCUCGAUUAUUCGUCAUGUACAUGGAACUAAGGCGAUCGCUGAAUUUGGAGUUGUUUUCUUGUUAUUUAAUAUUGGUCUCGAGCUAUCUGUUGAAAGACUAAGUUCCAUGAAGAAAUACGUUUUUGGAUUAGGCUCUGCUCAGGUCUUGGUAACAGCAGUAGUAGUUGGCUUGGUUGCUCAUUUUGUCUCUGGGCAGCCUGGUCCUGCUGCAAUUGUCAUUGGUAAUGGCCUUGCUCUGUCUUCCACUGCUGUUGUCCUGCAGGUAUUGCAGGAACGAGGCGAGAGCACAUCACGUCAUGGACGUGCAACAUUUUCUGUUUUACUUUUCCAGGAUUUGGCUGUGGUGGUUCUGUUAAUUCUCAUACCUCUUAUUUCACCAAAUUCUUCUAAAGGAGGGAUUGGGUUUCAAGCCAUUGCUGAAGCUCUUGGACUGGCUGCUGUUAAGGCUGUAGCAGCUAUUGUUGUCAUUAUUGCUGGUGGACGCUUGCUGCUUCGACCAAUUUAUAGGCAAAUUGCAGAAAAUCAAAAUGCUGAAAUAUUCUCUGCUAACACACUCCUAGUUAUUCUGGGGACUAGUGUACUUACGGCUAGGGCUGGCCUUUCCAUGGCAUUGGGAGCAUUUUUGGCUGGUUUGCUGCUUGCAGAAACUGAGUUUUCCCUGCAGGUUGAAUCAGAUAUUGCUCCAUAUCGUGGCCUUCUAUUGGGUCUCUUCUUCAUGACAGUUGGAAUGUCUAUUGAUCCAAAACUUCUUGUUUCAAACUUUCCAGUAAUUAUGGGCACAUUAGGGCUGUUAAUUGGUGGAAAGGCUAUAUUGGUUGCUUUAGUUGGUAAACUUUUUGGCAUUUCAAUCAUAUCUGCAAUAAGAGUUGGACUUCUUCUAGCCCCUGGGGGAGAGUUUGCAUUUGUGGCUUUUGGAGAAGCUGUCAAUCAGGGUAUAAUGUCCCCUCAGCUCUCAUCUUUGCUGUUUCUUGUGGUUGGGAUUUCAAUGGCCCUUACUCCAUGGUUAGCCGCUGGUGGCCAGUUAAUUGCCUCUCGCUUUGAGUUGCAUGAUGUACGGAGUUUGUUACCUGUUGAGAGUGAGACAGAUGAUUUGCAAGAUCACAUUAUUCUCUGUGGAUUUGGACGAGUUGGCCAGAUCAUUGCACAACUCCUUUCAGAAAGACUGAUUCCAUUUGUUGCUCUUGAUGUUAGGAGUGAUAGAGUCGCUAUUGGGCGUGCCCUUGAUCUUCCAGUGUAUUUUGGAGAUGCUGGAAGCCGAGAGGUUCUCCAUAAAGUUGGAGCUGAAAGAGCAUGUGCUGCAGCAAUAACUUUAGAUACCCCUGGUGCAAACUAUAGAACUGUUUGGGCACUGAGCAAAUAUUUCCCAAAUGUGAAGACAUUUGUCCGUGCUCAUGAUGUGGAUCAUGGACUUAAUUUGGAGAAGGCUGGGGCUACAGCGGUAGUUCCGGAGACGUUGGAACCAAGUCUACAGUUAGCAGCUGCUGUUCUUGCACAGGCUAAACUACCCAUGUCGGAGAUUGCGGCAACAAUCAACGAAUAUAGGACCCGCCACCUCUCCGAACUUACCGAGCUCUGUGAAGCCAGUGGAAGUUCUCUUGGCUAUGGAUUUUCUCGUAUGAUGAGUAAAUCCAAAGGUCAGCCAUCGGACUCUUCGGACGAGAACCACGUCACUGAAGGAACACUGGCAAUAUAGAAAUUUAUACCUAGUAGGUAAAGAAGAGGAAAGGAAUAAAGAAUUAUAUGCUGUACAGGGGAACCCAUGUUCCAUUCAUAUAAUGUGUACAGGAAUUUGCUGGAAUUUGUUGGCAGUAGCACUAAUUCUAACAUUUUUUGUUUGAUAAAUUUUGAGGGACCUCGCUUUUUGGUUUUUAUAAGAUUGUUUUCGUAGGGAACUUUUCUUUACAGAUAUUUAUUCAUUUGUUUAUUUAUUUACUUCAUUUUUUUUUCAGGCUGUUUGAUUUCUGAGGGAGUGCUGAAGAGUGAAGACUUGCAAUUUUUCCAUGGGUGGUCAUAGGGAAAGGUCGUGUUAGAUUAGAUUAAUCUUCAUAUUGUUACGAAAAAUGAAUGUUCUUAUGUACAGUAAAAUCAAUAGAAUAAUUCAUGUAAAUGAAUAAGACAUUAAAAGAGAAAUUUUGAAAAAAA